UCAAUAUGAUAUUUGUCCCAUUUGUUUUUAUUGUCAUCACCUACAUUUUAAUUUCAUUCAUGUUUAUUGGCAUUUCUUCUAAAACUGGAAGGAGAAAGUUCCUCUCCACUUGUAGUUCCCACCUCAUCUCUGUGUGCACUUAUUAUGUGUCUCUUAUAACAGUUUAUAUGAUUCCUUCUGGGGAAAACUCUGUCAAUGUCAAUAAGUUCAGAUCUUUGCUGUACAUUGUAGGGACACCAUUAGCAAAUCCUAUAAUAUAUAGUUUUAGAAACCAAGAAAUUAAGGCAGCACUGAGAAAAGUACUUAAAUAUAUUAUUAUAACCCACAGACCAUAAUAAUAUAAUUAACUGAAGGAGAACAGUGUGGGGCAAUCUGUUUAUUCAACUGUGAGACUAAUAAUUAACUUUCCUGGCUAAUCAUGGCAGCAUCACUGAUGGGUAGCUCUGCCGCUAACCAGAUCAGGACAGGAUUAACUAAUAAAAAAAGAGACUGGAGGCAUAAAAGGACCCUCCUCCUUCCAUACCUCAGUCUUUUUUCCUGUCCUUAACCGGACAGACAGGUUAAAAUUUUAUUUAGCAAUUGUUCUUUUUUUGGACACCUUCUUAUGUGUACCAUGGGUCUCCCACACACAAUUCAGCCUCUCUGUGCCUAAAGGACCCAGUAAACAGCAUGCAUGAGCAUGACUAACUGGGUCAGAUUCAAAAUUAGUAAUUUGAAUCUGCUUAUAAUCCAAAAUUAAUGCUGUGGUUUAUGGCCCCAUUGAUAAAAUCAGAAGCCUUGUAUAUUCCCCCUACAGAACCUAGAGACAAUGGGAGAUAGACCUUUCCCGUCUUCAUUCGGGAAUAUUUUCUUCCCCUCAAUUCAUGUAUUCCUGUGUUCGUUAGAAUCCUUUGUUCGGUAGUUUGUUCAUGUUCCUGUGGUAAGCCUAGCAUAUGUUAAGUGAUUCCCUGUUCAUUCGUUUUGUUUCAUUCAUUUUUUUUUAAAUUUUUUUUUUUCCUCCCUUUCAUGGGUUUUUGCUUGGGUAUUACACAUAAGUGAUGCUGCCAUGAUUAGCCAGGGAUACAGAAAAUUAAAUUACAUACUUGCCUAGUAAUUUUCUUUUCCUCACUAUUUAUCAUGGCAGCAUCAGUCACCCUUCCUUCUUGCUUUUGGACUUGACUGAAUUAUGGAAGGAGGAGGGACCUUUUAUGCCUUCAGUCUCUUUCUCUCUCUUUAUCAGUUAAUCCUGUCCUGAUUUGGUUAGGGGCAGAGCUACCCAUAAGUGAUGCUGCCAUGAUAAAUAGCCAGGAAAAGAAAAUUACUAGGUAAGUAUGUAAUUACAUUUUCCGUAUUUACACUAUAUAUUCAAUAGAGCUAAAAAUAUAUAAAACCAGAGCUAAAACACACACCAUAAAAUAGGGGUACCCUCUAAAUUGCAGAUGCAAUAAACAGAAAAUGCCAGUAGGUGUUGUUAAGUAAGGAGCUAACCAGAAAAUGCUGAAAAUGUUAAUAAUAAUAAUAAUAAUAAUAAUAAUAAUAAUAAUAUUAAUAAAAAUAACUUUUUACCCGGUGAAACUUGGAUACACCCUGCCCCCAUUUUACUUGUAUCUAGUUUUAAUUAAUUUUUAAUAUCUAUAUCAAUAUAUUAAAUUUUCACAGGCAAAUAAAGUUAACAAAAAGUUUUAACUGUAAUUCAGUUUACAUUUUUCAAAUACAGACAUAUUGAAUAUAUAUAAUAAUAAUAAUAAUAAUAAUAAUAAUAAUACUGUAGCCAGAACUAGGGAAAAAUAAAACUUAACUUUUAUUGACAAAGUCAAAUAAAAUAGAAUAAAAACUAAAGUAGAGAAGUGUGUAGAUACAAGUCUGAAAGAAUAAACAAGUGGGCUGCACUGAAUCAAUUUACCUACACAAAAGGAAUGUAGAUGUUUCUUCCCAUCAUAUACUUUUACUAAUAUGGCAGAUCAACUAAUGCAGAAAAAAUUGGAGAAGUAGACCAGGUUCACAUAUGGAGUCUCUGCUUCCAGCAAAGGUAGUUGAAACUGGAUAUAAAUUAAUCCCUGAGACAAGACAAGAUUUACAGCCUUCACCACUAUGUUCAUCACAUCCUUCACAUUCUUCUAAUUCCUGCUGUGCAAUAGAUGUUGGGUGUUUUUUGUAGACUUUAUGUUUAAUUCCAGAGGGUUUUUGUGUUUUUGAUUUGAACGCCAACAUUUUUCUUCUCUCCAACCACUUCAGUUUUUAUGCUCUGUUAGUUUUUUAUGUAAACCAGAUUGUCUAAAGUAAACUUGUCCAAUUCUUCAAAAAUAUCUGCCCCUGUGGAUCUGCCUUUAAUUUGGCAUCAGUUGAUUAAACUCCUCAAAAAUGGUAAAAGUUUAGUUUACUCCAAUUACACAUACUGCAAAUUGAGCAGUGUCUUGGGUAUCUGUAGUAUUACCGAGUGCCUUAGUACUUUAUAUCAAUGAAAAAUUUUGUUUUUCUCGGAUCAGUUUACGAUUGUAUGCACAUAAAAUUUACUGAAUUUUAAAUGUUUUGUCUCAUAGUGCUUGCCUGAUGUUGAACUUCUUAUUAACAACAAUAGUGCAUAACAAAUUAGGCACAUGGGUAUGUUGAUGUGUUGUGUAAAAAUAAUUAUUGUACGCAAGGGUCUCAGAAUAUUCAGCAACUAUCUUCCUACAUUUCAUGCCAUUGUUUUUUUUCAGAAGAGAAAAAACAAUAUAUACUAUUUCUAACUACUGAAAAAUAUUUCAUAUAUGUGUACUUUUGCAUUAAUUCAAUGUGUUGAUAAAUUAUGUGCUUAAUAUCUCUGAUUGUUUAAUAAAUAUUUUGAUAUAGUGAAUAUCUCAUUGUAUUUACUUUUGUCCUUAUUUUCAAAACUAUCUUUAUUGUCCUCCUUCUUCAACAUCAUCUAUCUUCUUCCCUUCUUAUUGCCCAAUAUGUGCCACUGUUGUCCUUUUUAUCAUUGUCCUCUUUUUCUUUCAGUGUCACACUUCUCUCAUCUUCUUUACACCCUUUCUUUACAAGGUUUAUGUGUCUUUCCCUGUUCCCAAUAUCCCUUCUCUACCUACAGCCUGUUCCAAAUUAUUAUGCAAAUUCCAUUUAAGUGUCACAAAGAUAAAAUAUUUUGUUUUUCAGUUUAACUCAUGGAUGGCAUUGUGUCUCAGGGCUCUUUUGAUCACUGAAAACAAUCUCGGACAACUGUGAUAAUUAUAUUGCCAGGUGAGCCCAAUUUAAGGAAAACUAAAGGAGGGUGUUCCACAUUAUUAAGGAGAGCACCAUUUUCAUGCAAUAUGGGGAAGAAAAAUGUUCUCUCUGCUGACGAAAAGAGUGAAAUAGUUCAAUGCCUUGGACGAGGUAUGAAAACAUUAGAUAUUUCAUGAAAAUUUAAGCGUGAUCAUUGCACUAUUAAGAGAUUUUUAGCUGAUUCAGAGCACAGACGGGUUCGUGCAGAUAAAGGCACAUUGAGGAAGAUUUCUGCCAGAUCCAUACAUCGGAUCAAGAGAGCAGCUGCUAAAAUACCAUUACAUAGCAGCAAACAGAUAUUUGAAGCUGCUAGUGCCUCUGGAGUCCCACAGACAUCAAGGUGUAGAGUCCUCCAGAGUCUUGCAACUGUGCAUAAACCUUCUAUUCGCCCACCACUAACCAAUACUCACAAACAGAAAUGGCUGUAUUGGGCAGAAAAAUACAUGAAGACUAAUUUUCAAACAGUCCUGUUCACUAAUGAGUGUCGUGCAACCCUGGAUAGUCCAGAUGGAAGGAGUAGUGGAUGGUUGGUGGACAGCCACCCUGUUCCAACAAGGCUGCAACGUCAGCAAGGCGGUGGUGGAGUCAUGUUUUGAGCUGGAAUCAUGGGAAGAGAGCUGGUUAGCCCCUUUAGGGUCCCCGAAGGUGUAAAGAUGACCUCUGCAAAGUAUGUAGAGUUUCUGACUGACCACUUUCUUCCCUGGUGCAAAAGGAAGAACUAUGCUUUCUGUAAUAAAAUCAUCUUCAUGCAUGACAAUUCACCAUCUCAUGCUAUACAGAAUACCUCUGUAUCAAUGUCUUCUAUGGGGAUAAAAAGAGAGAAAGUCAUGUUGUGGCCUCCAUCCUCCCCUGACCUCAUUUGCAAUACUUUGGGUUGUCUACUAUUGGAAAUGGUAUGCCAUCAUGGGGAUAAUUUUCAUUCCUGGGCUACCAUACGGUCUCAAAGGCAACGUAACCAAUCUGGUGAAUUUCAAUCUAAAAAACUGAAAAAACUUAACAUGCUCUAUUUGACCCUGUAACUUCCCAAAACAUCAUAAAACCUGUACAUAGGGGGUACUGUUUUACACGUGAGACAUCGCUGAAUACAAAUAUGUGUAUUUUAUUGCACUAAAAGCAAACAGUAUUAUGACAUUCACAGUUAAAAUGUCAUGUAGAACUAAAAAAAAAUAAAAAAAUCUUAUUUUCUCUCAUUUUUUAAAUAUUUUAUUCAUAUUAAAUUAUGUUUCAUAGCUAUAUAUUUGAUGUUAAAUGAAAAUAAAAAUGUUAUUUAAUAAGUGUGCAUGCACAUAAUAUGAAAGAGGUGAAUUACGCCUGAACAGACAUAUAGCGCAAAUUCAAUCACAACGUGUACAUUUAGCUCAGUCUUUAAGGGGUUAACAUUAAGUCUAUACAUAUUACUUUCUCUCUUAAUCCACUAAGAUAUAAUAAUCACAAUUCGACUGAAUUUGGCAUUGGUAAAUCCGGUCAGAAUUUGGUAAUUUUGCAAGGACUUUUCACACUAUGCAAACUUAAUCUGCACAGAGCCUAAGAUGGAUGAAGUUUGAUUAGUUAGUUUUUACUGUCAGGUCUUAACUUUUUUUUCCUAGACUUUGCAUUGCUGAAGGAAAGACAUUUGAAGAAUAAAGAAGAAAUAUAAUGGUAUGUAUAAGCCACAGGUAUUAAAUUGAUUGGGCACCCCCACUAUUAUUAGGGUGAAGGUGGUAGGCACAGUGUUUUUUUAUUGGUAAUAUAGUUAGGGGACGAUGGACCACUUGCCACCUUGGGGGGUGGACAUUUUUAUAUGAAGUGGUUGGUGGAAAUUGGCAUGUCCACUGCCCCUUCUAUAUUUAUUGUAGUCCCCAUUCAACUCCAGGUUAAUUAAAUUACAAUACAUAGCAAGGUAGUAUUACAAGUAUAGAAUAACAUCCAAUACUUUGUGUUAUAUUUAAACAUUACAUAAGACUUUAAAGGCAGAAUUUUGCAUUAUUAUGUUAUUAUUAUUCUUAUUAUGUUAUUAUUUAUAUAGCGCCAACAAAUUCCGCAGCUCUUUACAGUGGGUGGACGAACAGACAUGUAGUUGUAACCAGACAAGUUGGACACACAGGAACAGAGGGGUUGAGAGCCCUGCUUAAUGAGCUUACAUGCUAGAGGGAGUGGGGUAAUGAGACACAUUAGAGGUAUUUUGCCAGAAGCUCAAGGAAUCAAGGUGAAAGGAUAGUGCAGGACCCACCAGAGAGGUUUGCCUUGACGUGGCAGGUGGGCUAAAGUUGCUCAUGACCAUUGGAGAAAUUAAAUAACCUCCAUUUGUUUAAAUAUGCACAGGGAUUUGGGAAGAGCGCAGGUAACUUUUUUCUUUGGUUUUUACUGUAUGUAUUGGGGCUGAUGUGUACUAUGAUCGUUGCUGCCGCACAAGAGUGAUAGGAGUUUAAGCGCAGGACUUUUUUUUAUUUUAUUUUACAGAUACCUUAUACAGUAAUAAAAGUACAUACUGUGAACCAACAUAUAUGAAGAAUUAAUCUAAAAGGUAAACAAAAAAAAUUAAUCAAAUGAAAAAAUGAAACAAAUGACAAGUGGAUGUUGGAGGUCAAUACAUCUUGAACUUCCUAUCGCACCUCUUUAAUCUGGGCCAGUCGUACCGAUCAAUCAACGUAGCCCGGCCAGACAUCUCUGCAGCCUAUGUCCCGCUACACAGAGCUCCUGUUGGUCAGGACCCGCUGGUCUGCAGAAUCUUGUGGGGCAUUUAACUGGCUUGCCCUCCAGCACCGAAGUACUCCCACCUCUGGGACGUUAAUGUCAUGAUCUGAUUCUUACAAGCUUGGCUGAAUAAUGAGGACCUCUCUCUCUGCCAACUGUCGGCGAAGUUCGCCCUACUUUUUUAUUUGGUGUCCUUUCUCCAAGUGUCUGACGUUCGGGCAUUUGACAGAGAAGUUAAAUUUUCCCUAUCUAGACGCACUAAAUCAGACACCUCCACAGUGUUCUAUCCUCAUUUCCCUAACCAUCCUAAACUAUGUGUCAUUUUGGCACUUUCUUCUUAUUUGUCCAUCACCUUGACCCUCCGUUCAUCUUCCUCGGGUCACCUUUUAGUCUCAUUCGUUCGCCCACAUAAUCCAGUUUCAACCACAACUCUAGCACGGUGGAUUAGGUGGUUACUUUCUCUAGCAGGGAUCGAAGCCUCCUUUGGAGCCCACUCCAUCAGAAGGACGGUGGCAUCAGGAGCAUACAUGGCCGGAGCUUCCCUACAGGACAUCCUCUAAUCCUCCUUCGCAGCCCACUCCAUCAGAAGGGUGGCAGCAUCAGGAGCAUUCAUGGCCAGAGCUUCCAUACUGGACAUCCUCCAAUCGGCAUAUUGGUCCCAGGAAGAGACGUGUCACAUUUUCUAUUUUCGUCCGGCCGCGCAUGCUUCCCUAGCAUUACUUGUUGAGCGUUGAAACAGCAAAAUAUGAAGCCUCCUGUCAUGUUAUAAAAUUGUGGAUUAUGCUAGCUUUAGUGUACCUAUAAUCCAAAUUUUAUGACAGGAGGCGAGCGUUUUCCAACCCUUUUGUUCCCCCCCCCCUUCUCCUCCUUAGGUCAGUCUACUGGGCAAAGGGGUGAGUACGUCCUGACUAAUUUAGAGCAUCUUACACUAGGGUUUGAUUAAAUGUGGUGGGAUGUAUAGAUAGUGAUAAAUACAUCUUUCAGAAUAUAUAUUACAUACAGUUUGGUGGCAUGCCUUUAGAAGUCCAAUUCUUGGAUUAAUCCUCUGUUUCGACUCUGUUCUUUCGUUUCAGUUUAAAGCUCCCUCGAGGUGUCAAGCCUAGUUCCUUUUCCUCUCAGAUUUUAACUCUUCUCGUCUUGUAUGCUGAGAUCUUCUUCUAGUUAUUCUGCUGUUUCUUGUUUCUUGUUCGUUUCACAGACAGAAAGAAAGAGAAAGUGACAUCAGUAGGAGGGAGCUUUGUAACCUGUCACUUUUUUCUGAUUUUUUAUCCUGUUACUAUGUUAAAUGUGCUGCUUUGGAGCUUAAGUAAAGAAAAACUUAAGCAAAAUACUCCCCUCCUGUCAUCAAUAAAAUUAGGAUUAUAGGUACACUAAAACUUGCAUAAUCUACAAUUAGAAGGCACAUUACAGACUACACUGGUCAAAAUGUACUUUACUUCCCCAUCUGAAAUGGUUGCAAAUCAAAUUAACUAAAAUAAAUGAUGAUCUAUAUGUAAGGACUAAGACUGAUAUGAAACAAAACUUGUCAGAAGUAAUUAAAGAGAUCUCAUCUUUGAACUUAAAGGUUACAGAACAAGGAAGGGAACUAGAGAAAGUUAGAGCAGAAGCUGUAUUAUUGCAAACUCAAAAUACUUCAUUGAAAAACCAGAUGAAAGAAAUUGAUAAUAAAAUCAUAGAUAUGGAAGACAAGUCCCGUAGAACUAAUAUAAGGAUAAACGGUAUUCCUGAAAGUAUUACGCAAGAAAAACUAGAUGAAUAUAUUAUUGAAUUUAAAUCUCUUCCCAAAACGUAUCUCCAUCCCUUAUAGAGAGAUGUCAUAGGCUCUUUAGAGAGGCUAAGGCACAAAAUACAUCCCCAAGAGAUGUCAUUGUAAAAUUCUUAAAUGGAGCUAUAGAAGACUCACUCUUGAGACAAAUGAGAGACUACUAAAAAUGGGAAAUUUACAAAUAUUUUGGUAUUCCCCGACCUUUCACUGGCAACAAGACAGGGCAGAGCCCGAUAUAGAGAAAUUACCAUACAAUUUAAAAGGAAAAAACAUUGUAUAUAGAUGGGGAUUUCCAAACAAACUUUUAAUUUAAUUUGAUGGUAAAAUAAUCCCAAUGAAUGAUCCAUGUGAAGAUAUUCCUAAAUUUAAGGAGAUGGGGAUUUUGGAUUAAAAAAUAAUGAGCAUUGUGAAGCUACCCACAGGAUUUUAUUAUUAAUUUGUGUGAACAGAUUAAUGUCAG